GAUCCGCAGUGACGAAGUGAAGAGAGUUUUUCAGUUCAAGAAGCUAUCGAUGUAGGUAGGUGGAGCGGUUGUUGAGGAAUCAACACCGUAUGGUCUAAGUGAAAGUUGGAUGAUUUUGGAAGAGAAACAGAGGGGACACGAGAUACGUAAGGGGAAAAUGUGCAGUUACUUCGAAAAAUACCUCAUGUGUCGGUAAUGUGAAGUAAUUUACCUUAACUCGUAAAAGUUCUAUGCAGAGUAACAUUAGGCUUGCGCUCUUGAAAGUAAGCUAGCCCAGUUCGUCAUGGCCACAAGAGAAAUACGACAACACAGGAGGCCUGUUAUGCAUAUCAAGCAAGAACAGGACGACGAUUCGGAUGCAGAGGAACCCCACCUCGGAUUAACGUUAAAGAGAUCUGAUGGACGGGAGAGUCAGAUCAUUCACAGUGGUCACUUCAUGGUGUCGUCCCCGCAUACCGAACACCCACCCAAAAAAGGAUAUGACUUUGACACAGUUAACAAACAAACCUGUCAAACAUAUCACUUCGGAAAGACCAGCAGGUCCCACCUUUCCAUUGAUGCAUCGUUGACGAAAUUAUUCGAAUGCAUGACCCUUGCAUACAGUGGGAAACUAGUAUCACCAAAAUGGAAGAACUUCAAAGGACUCAAACUCCAGUGGAGAGACAAAAUACGCCUCAACAAUGCUAUCUGGAGGGCCUGGUACAUUCAGUAUGUGGAAAGGAGGGAGAACCCUGUGUGCCGAUUUGAGACUCCUCUGGAGGGCAACAUUGAUUGUGACAUCCGACCUGCAGAGGCAACUGAAGUAAAAUAUGUGAAGAGGAGAAAAGAGAUAGUUAUCCGCGAAUACCACAAAUGGAGAGCCUACUUCAAGAAGAGGUUGCAGCGACACAAGGAUGAUGACCUCUCCAGUCUCCUCAGGGGGGCGGAAGAGCAGUAUUCCCUGUUUGGGGACGCUUUCCCCGACACCUUCCGUAUGUCCUUCUGUCAGGAUGAGGAGAUGCGCCGCGUCGGCCGCAGGAGCCACGACUCACCUGUGCCCAUGGAAAUGGACCCUUUCAUCGACAUGGACGUACUGAUGUCUGAGUUCUCCGACACGUUGUUUUCCACGUUGGCAUCCCACCAGCCUAUCGCCUGGCCUAACCCCAGGGAAAUCGCCCAUGCGGGGAAUGCUGACAUGAUCCAGCCAGGUCUCAUCCCACUGCAGCCAGACUUCACAGACGAGCCCUGGCAAGAUUUGUUUCACACGCUCCGACCUCCAAUCUUCCCCUUCAGCCCACCAACACCCUCAGCCUCAGCGCAAAUCGCACUGCCCAGCAGCAGUUCCCAGUCACAGGCCCCUAUGCUCCCGUCUAUGCCCCUCCCUUCAGACCGAUUGACCAAUCAGAGUGUCCCCCGGGACCCUAAUUCUGCCUACUCUCAGAACUACAUGCCUUUGUUUGGUGUGCAAGUUGCCUCUUCCCCUCCUCAGCCCCUCCCUCUGGCAGCAAUACCCCCCUCUCUGCCGUGCCCGGCCGUUUCGGCGGAGACAGCAUCCCUGUUGCCAGGUGCUGGAGAUGGCACUGGGCCUCCACUGUCUGUCAUCACACACACAGCGUCGUCUGUGGUCACCCCCAGUAACGCUGCCACCACCUUCAGCCAGGGCACGGAGCUCCCCUCGACGCAGUUAGCCCCCGACCCCCUCAGCCAGAGCCUGCACCAGCCCCCGACCCAGCACCUCCCCCAGACUGCACCACAGGCACUGCCACAGACUCUACCUCAGCACCUUGCCCCCAAGCUGCCGCAGUCCCUCCCCCAGAGUUUACCCCAGCCGGCAGCCCAGCCCCCACUCCAGAGCGCCCCUCUCCCACCCCCGGGGCCCUCCGUCCAGCCUCAGGCGCAAGCCCAGGCAGUGGCCCUGCCCCCAGCCUUCAUCCAGCCCCGGCCUGUCGGGCCGGUUUCCAGCAAGAAGAGCCGGCACGCACAGCGCAUCGCACCCGCCAGCGCCCGGCCCUCAACCCAGCUAAUCUUUACCGCACCGUUCCCAGGGCAUACGGGGGCUGUGAUUGUCACUCCGUCCACUGUGAAGUGCGACUCUGUCCCCACUGCAGGGGUGGUCCUCGGCUCUCCCAAUGUCGCCCGGGGCUCUGCUUAUCAUCUUCUUCCUCAGACGCAGACGAAGUCUCCCCAGCCCAUAGUGCCUAAGGAGGAGACGGCUGCCUCCACUUCCAACAGCAAAACACCCACUCCAUCGCCCAGCACUGGUCUGGAGGGGCGCUCGUCUGGGCAGGGGUCUCCAUGUGGCUUGGAGCAAGCAGCCAGCCCGCAGUCUCCUCUCAAUUCCACUGUGCUACUCAAGAACGAGAACAACCAAGUGUGUGCAUUUAGCCGCCGAAUUAAUCACAUCUCUGCGGAGCAGAAGAGGCGCUUCAACAUCAAUAACGGCUUUAAGACUCUCUGCAGCCUUGUACCCACACUAAAGUCACAGUCCAACAUCAGUAAUGCGGCCACGCUUCAGAAAACGGUGGAGUACAUCGGGAAACUGCAGCAGGAGAGACAGCACAUGCAAGAGGAGAGCCGCAGACUGAAGGAGGAGAUCGAGGAGCUCCACGCCUCCAUCAGCUUGUGUCAGAAGCAGCUGCCAGAUACUGGUGUGUCCCUCACGCAGCACCACUUUAACCACAUGAGGGAGAAAUAUGACGAGUACGUCAAGAACCGGACGCUGCAGAACUGGAAGUUCUGGAUCUUCAGUGUGAUCAUAAAGCCACUGUUUGAGUCUUUUAAUGGGAGCGUGUCCACCAAGAGCAAAGAGGAGCUGUGUGAGACAACUCUACAGUGGUUGGACCGCCACUGUGCCCUUCCAGUGCUUCGCCCCAUGGUUCUGGGCACUCUCCGACAACUGAGCACAACCACCUCCAUCAUUGGUAACCCCUCCCUCCUGCCAGAGGAAGCCAAGCAGGCCGUCACCAAGCAGCGUGCUGCAGAGCCCUGAGUCUCCUCCCCGGGGUCCCGGUCAGGAUGCCCGAGGCGCUGGACUUUGCCAGGCAAAUGACUCUUUGAAGACCAGCCCUGAGGAUUUUGUGGUGUUUUUUUUUUUUUUUUUUUUUUCCCAGUUACCAAAAGAAAGGGAAAAGAAAUUCAUGCCUUGGAGAGGUGGGGAGAGCGAUGAGAUUCGGGUCAGAGGAGGAGCUUGAGUGGAUGGUGUAACAUGGAGCUUGACUACAUCUUCAUUUCUGUUCUCCGACUUUUUUUUAAGUUACUGAAACAAGCAAGGUUUGUGACGUCGAGUGCUCCAAUAGGGAAGUCUCCUCAGAGGGAUCUUUACUCCACUUCUCUGUGAGCUGCUUUUAUUUAUUUUGCUGUUUUAAGGACACACUACACACACUUCAGAAGGUAGGGUAGGAGAAUGCACACCUGAGAAAAAGCGGUUUUCUCCCCCGUUCCCUCUGAUGUGGAAGCUGGUUCCACUUUGCACUGCUUGGUCCCUUGGGCCUCCAUGUACCUGGUUGUGGGAAAAGAGGUGGAGAGCAGAGCAGACGCUCUUUCGUCAUUCGCCACUCAGGGGCUUCCUUGUGUUCGGUCUUCCACCCCCUUUUUCUGUAUGGAAACCAAACCUCAAUAUCUUUUUGGUGUAAUCUCUUGCUUCUGGGCAAGAUGUGAUGUCAUGUGCCUCAGCUUCUUAACACUGGGGCACCAGAAGCACAAGCCGUGUGUGUGUGUGUGUGUGUGUGUGUGUGGCCUUUGUGUGUGACUUGGUAAAGUCAAGUCUUGUAGACACUGUGAAUGUGCAAGGAAAGGCCUUAAUGGUUUGUUUGCUGGUUGUUGUUUAUCUUCCUCCUGCUCAGGGACACGGUCACAGAUCACGCCAUCACACAGGAAAUUGACUUGCAUAACCUCACUUCACAGGAAAUCUCGGCACAUGGCUCUUGUCUAUGGCCGUGAGCAGUAACCCCAUUCACGAGCCCUGCUUAAUGUACUAUCAGUAUUGGUUUAGGCAGACCACUCACUUUCAGCUCACUCUGAGCAAACCUUUCAAAACAAAGCUCAGGCAUGCAAGUUAAACAUGUAAAUUGUACAGAUGUGCGAAAGAAAUAAAGACUAAUGUUUUGAAUUGUGUUUUCGGCUAGGUUUCACCUCUGUGGUAACCAAGCGAUCAGUCUUAUUUCAAAGUACAGUUCCUCUACCAAAGUUGUGGUCUAACUGAGGCUUGGACGUCAGAGAAUUAUUGAACUUUAGAAGAUUAUAUUUUUCUAAACUCUGCUACCACAUCCCAGCUAUUGCCAUCAUGUAUGUUUGUGUGUGUGUGUGUUUUGUUUGACUGUGCACAUGUGAAUGCAACUCAAUGACCAUUUUGGUUUAUUGCUGAGUGUGUGAAGUCAUUGCUCGAGGAUUUACUGACUCGGCCCUCAAAUCGAAAUUAUCUGAUCUGAGGCAUCUUCAGCAAGCCUGCCAGGCCUGUUUGGCAUUAACAGACCGCCACCGUUGACCCAAGCUCCCCUCACUGGCCCUAGCCUUCCCUUCUCUCUCUCUGCAGUAGUACACACACGUCAGGUUUUAGACAUUGCCGCAAGCAAUCACAAUUUUUCACAAUUUUCCCAAAUCUUUCACAAUUUUCUGUUUGUGUCCAGGGGACGAGUAGGCAAUAAAGUAAGUCCAACUCCUCCAUGGCCUCUUUGGUACUUACUAAUAUGAACAAAACAUCAAUACUGCUCCGCGUGAUCUCAUACACACAUGUGAACACAUAAUCAUUUUGCUUUGUCUCUUUUUCCUUUCUUAUUUUAUUAUGAAAAAGUCAAAUUGCUUACGUUUUGGAUAGUAUCAUGUUUUGUCACUCAUGAGAAGCUCUUAAGUUUGCCCAGGAAGAAAAGCCCUGCAUUUUAUCUUUGGUUUGUUUUGGAUGGAUUGUGUAAUGCAAAGACUGUGGAUUUUACAAAGGCUGGAACUAAAUUACAGUAUUGUACAUAUUGUUUUGUCAUUUUGUUUCUGUCCAAGUAAAGAAAAGCCUUUUUGUAACAA